GCGAGAGUGGGGAAAAUAAGGUUACGGGAAACUAGUAUAAAAAUUCACGCUAUAUAAUGUAUUUUUUUUUUCUCCAAUUUUUUUUUUUUUAGUAUUUCUUUUCUGUUUAUUUCUUUUCUUUUGUUAUUCAUUAUUAUUUCAAUAUGAUACACUUGGCUACUUUGUUCACUGGUCAUGGUUCUCUUAGUAUCAACGAACAGCAGGAUGACAGUAUACCCACUUAUAUCGCCAUUAUCAGUAAGAAAGACGGCACUACUACAACAAAACGUUUGAAUCCAACAAGAAGGAGGUCUUCUUCUGCAUCUAUACCGUCACAACCUUUAAAGAAAAGAUUAGUUGAUUCUUCUUUUUUUUUACCCAAACUUCGACUUCAACAUACUAGUCAACGACGUCGUUCAAGCGCCAAAUCAAAUAUCGACCAUUUGGAAAAAGACUUCGCAUUCUAUUUACCUCUUGAAAUCAUACAAGGCAUUGUUGCUUACUUGGAUUAUACUUCUAUUCUCACGCUCUCCAGUACGUCACGUUAUUUCUAUCAGCUUUGCCAAGAUGACCAUAUCUGGUAUACGUUAUUCACACAAGAUUUCCACACACCACGCACGCGCUAUCCAGUCUCAGUAACAACUCCUCAACAACAACGACAUCAUAUGGCUCUUUAUCGUAACCACUGUAUAUUAGCUCGCCGAUGGUUGGAUGGCCAAGUGGAUACUCGUUAUCUACAAGGUCAUGAAGAUAGUAUUUAUUGUAUGGCAAGACUGGGUCGUCAUCACCUUGUCAGUGGUAGUAGGGACCGAACGAUCAAGAUAUGGCACUUUCAACAACAUAAAGCAAACCCCAUUGUCAUUACAAAAAGAGCGGCUCAUGAAGGAAGCGUCUUAUGCCUUUCUCUCUCUCACAAUGGAAAAACAAUGCUCUCUGGAUCUUCUGAUGCAACCUGUAUUCUCUGGUGUUUACAAACACUUCGACCUUUACAAGUUUUACGUGGACAUACGCAUGGUGUAUUGGAUGUUUGCCUGAUGGAUGAUGAUUAUUACGUGAGUGCAUCGCGUGAUCAUACUUUAUGUGUUUGGGAUACGUCCAAGGGGACAUUGGUGCAUCGGUUAUUAGGUCAUCUUGGUCCCGUCAAUGCGUUGGACUGUUACGACAAGGAUCAUGUGAUUUCGGCUUCUGGUGAUGGUACGUUGAAGGUGUGGCAGGUACGAUCUGGCCAAUGUAUCAAGACAUUUACACAAGACCAUGUUACGGAGGAUCCACAACGACACGGAUUGGCAUGUGUGAAAUCGGAUGGACAACAGGGAUUAGUAUACAGCGGUGGACAAGAUGGCAAAAUACGAGUAUGGGAUUAUGCCUCAGGAACCUGUGUGGCCACGCUAUCAGGUCAUCAUGGUUUGAUUCGGACAAUGGAUAUCAUGGAAGGCGGCAAGAUCUUGGUGACUGGAAGCUACGACAAGACAAUCAGAGUAUGGGAUCUUAAGAAACGUCAGUGCAUUUUGAGUUUUCAGAGUGGUCAUUCUGGUUGGAUAUUCAAUCUUUUAGUCAGUCGGUCAAGGAUCUUCAGUGCUGGUCAAGACAAACAAAUUAUGAUGCUGGAUUUUGGAAAGGGUCUCUCUAUUUUGGAUGAUUAGUUUUAGUUUAGUGUAGUAUACCUAUAAUUGUAUAUAUGAAUAUGUAUUUUGUUUUGAAUUUCUUGAUUUAUGACAAUAAAUUACCAUUUCUUUCAUU